GGAAAAACAGCUUCCAUGGCACAUUUUGUGCAGGGCACAACUAGAAUGAGUGCUGCAGAAGGUUCUACGGAGCAUGCAGAGUGUGAUCAAUCAUCAAGCAGAAAUAACUUGACAAAUUCUCUUGAACAAAAGAUAAGGUGCUUGGAAAAACAGAGAAAAGAGCUCCUGGAAGUUAACCAGCAAUGGGAUCAGCAAUUUAGAAGUAUGAAAGAGUUAUAUGAAAGAAAGGUCGCCGAGCUGAAAACGAAACUGGACGCCGCAGAAAGAUUCCUCAGCACGCAGGAGAAGGAGCGGCAGCAGAGUCAGAGAGAGAGCGACAGGCUGCGCGACCUGACCCGCGAGCGGCUGCAGCGCCAGGAGAAGGAAAAGGAGAGCCUAAAUGAAGAAUUACAUGAAUUGAAGAAAGAAAAUAAGUAUUUGAAGGAAAAAAAUGCUCUUGUGAACAAGAAGAAGGAACAUUAUGAAUGUGAAAUAAAACGCCUCAAUAAGGCUCUUCAAGAUGCCUUGAAAAUUGAGUGUUCUUCAUUUCCUGAGGACUGUUUGGGAGAGUCUGAAAUGGAGUGCAGGCAUGUGGAGAUGCGAACAGAAAUGGAAGUUCUCAAACAGCAGGUGCAAAUAUAUGAAGAAGACUUCAAAAAGGAGCGAUCAGACCGAGAAAGACUUAAUCAAGAGAAAGAGGAGCUACAGCAAAUUAAUCAAACUUCUCAAUCCCAGUUGAACAGGCUGAAUUCUCAGAUAAAAGCUUGUCAGCUGGAGAAAGAAAAACUCGAAAAGCAAUUAAAACAGAUGUUGUUCCCGAUGUGUAACUGUGGCUCGAAUUCCCACCUGCGGAAUCUACGUGCACCAGCAGGCCCCGGGGCUGCACAGGAUCAACAGAAGCUCCCACCAGACUAUCAGUGGUAUGCUCCUGACCAGUUUCCGCCAGAUGUGCAGCACAAGGCGAAUGGUAAGACCACAGCUCUUCCAAAGCUGAUGCUAUCUCAAGGUUCAAGCCAGUUCAUAAAAAUUGGCAAAAGCUCUUAG